AUGGCUGGGCCAGGGUUUCGGGGCCACACCGGUGGACCGCUCCUGGUUCUGCUGCUCCUGCUCCCAUCCCAGGCCCUGCCCGAGGGACCCCUGGUGUUCGUGGCUCUGGUGUUCCGCCAUGGCGACCGCGCCCCGCUGGCUUCCUACCCUACAGACCCGCACAAGGAAGCCGUCUCCAGCCUGUGGCCCCGAGGCCUGGGCCAGCUGACCCGGGAGGGGAUCCGCCAGCAGCUGGAGCUGGGCCGGUUCCUGAGGCGGCGCUACAAGGCCUUUCUGAGUCCGGAGUACCGGCGGGAGGAGGUGUACAUCCGCAGCACCGACUUUGACCGCACGUUGGAGAGCGCGCAGGCCAACCUGGCGGGGUUGUUCCCCGAGGCUGCCCCGGGGAACCCCGAGGCCGACUGGAAGCCCAUCCCGGUGCACACGGUGCCCGUCAGUGAGGACAAGCUGCUGAGGUUUCCCAUGCGUAGCUGUCCCCGAUACCAUGAACUGCUGCGGGAGUCCACGGAGGCUGCAGAGUACCAGGAGGCUCUGGAGGGCUGGACGGACUUCCUGACUCGCCUGAGCAACUUCACGGGGCUGACACUGGUCGGAGAGCCCCUCCGCAAGGCGUGGAAAAUUCUGGAUACACUCAUCUGCCAGCGGGCACACGGACUCACCCUUCCGGCAUGGGCCUCCCCAGAUGUCCUGCGGACACUGACACAGAUCUCAGCUCUGGAUAUCGGGGCCCAUGUGGGCCCACCCCGGGCAGCAGAGAAGGCCCAGCUGACAGGGGGGAUCCUGCUCGAUGCCAUCCUCAGCAACUUCUCGCGGGCCCAGCGCCUGGGCCUGCCCCUCAAGAUGGUGAUGUAUUCAGCUCAUGACAGCACUAUCCUGGCACUCCUGGGGGCCCUGGGACUUUAUGAUGGGAAGACCCCGCCACCGCCCUAUGCCGCCUGCUUGGCCUUUGAGUUCCGGAGGUGCCUCAGGGACCCAGAAGAUGAUGGAGGGAACAUCACGGUGUCCCUCUUCUACCGCAAUGACACCACCCGCCCACCGCUGCCCCUCAGCCUCCCUGGGUGCCCAGCGCCCUGCCCCCUGGGGCGUUUCCAUCGGCUGACUGCGCCUGCGCGGCCUCCAGUGCAGGGGGCCCGCUGCCAAGGCUCCUCUGACCCUGCCACCCCCCCAGCCGCGGCGGUACCCCUGCUGGCUGGAGCUGUGGCCGUGCUGGCAGUGCUCAGCCUGGGCCUUGGCCUCCUUGCUUGGAGGCCUAGCUGUCUGCGGGCUUUGGGGGGAGCAGUGUGA